UUUUUUUUUACAAGUAUAUUGGUAGCUACUUAUUAUUAAUAUUCCUUUCGGGCUUCUAUAGUAAUUAGUAGCUUUUUAACCCAACAAUUUUUUUUAGUACUUGUAUUUUUUUUAUGUGAAAUCGCAUGUCUACCUUUUUACACUUGUAUGUUCUAUUAUACCUACUUCAUUCAGGUUGCUAUAUUUGUUGGUGGUGUGGAUACCUCUGCAACUGAGACAAAAGGAACAGUUCUAAUUCAUAGUGCUGACCAGCUAGAAAAUUAUGCGAAAACUGAAGAAGCUAAAGUUGAGGAGCUUAUAAAGGCAGUUGCUGAUUCCAGUGCCAAAGUAAUUGUUAGUGGAGCAGCAGUUGGGGAGAUGGCACUUCAUUUCUGUGAGCGCUACAAGCUUAUGGUUUUGAAAAUUAGUUCAAAAUUUGAAUUAAGACGAUUUUGCCGCACUACUGGUGCUGUUGCUAUGGUAAGUCAGCUAGCAUUUAAUAGUACUCAAAUUUUUUGAAUUUUUUCCAAAAUUCUCUAACAAUAUUCUUAUUUGUUUUACAGUUAAAGCUUAG